AUGGCCACCCCUUCGCUGGGCGCAGGCCCGAUGGCCUCGGCCGCCAAUGGCCACACCGCUCUUUUCCCUCCCGCUACUAGCCCUCCCCUGGGUCAGGAGGACAGCACCGAGAUGGUUCUCGAACUCGCCGAUGGCACCGCUUACCGAGGAAUUAGCUUCGGUGCCGAAGGCAAGUCCGUCUCAGGUGAAUGUGUCUUCCAGACUGGUAUGGUUGGCUAUGUCGAGUCGAUCACCGACCCUUCCUACGAGGGCCAGAUCCUCGUCCUCACUUUCCCCCUCGCCGGCAACUAUGGUGUGCCUAGCCGAGAGGAGGCUACGCAGAGCAUCCAGAAACUGCUUGCCUCUCCCUUCGAGUCGAGCCGCAUUCACGUGGCCGGUCUCGUCGUGUCGUACUACAGUCACGAGUUCAGCCACUACCUCGCACAGACCGGUCUCUCGGAAUGGCUCAAGGAGAGCGGCGUCCCCGCCAUCUACGGCAUUGACACCCGAGCCUUGACCAAGAAAAUCCGAAACCAGGGAAGCAUGCUCGGCAAGUUGCUCAUGCCCCAGCCUGGCGCCUCCAUUGCCGAUGCUGCUGCUGCUGGUGACUGGCGCAUGGCGGUCGUCGACCUCCCCUUCGCCGACCCCAACGCCCAGAACCUGGUCGCUCGUGUUUCGUGCAAGAAGCCCCAGCUCUACACCCCUGCCAACACCGCUUCCGGCGAGUCGCUCGGCAAGUUCGAGGCUCCUCUCCUCCACCCCUCUGGUCGUCCCAUCCGCAUCCUGGCCCUCGAUGUCGGCAUGAAGUAUAACCAGAUUCGAUGCUUCACCUCGCGUGGUGUCGAGCUCAAGGUGGUCCCUUGGGACUACGACUUUCUCGCCGAGUCCGAGGCCUUCGACGGUCUCUUCAUCUCCAACGGUCCCGGUGACCCUGUCUCAUGCGGUCCGACCAUUGCCCGCAUCGCCGAGCUUCUCAAGCUCAAGGGUGCCAACAAGAUCCCCGUCUUUGGUAUCUGUUUCCCCUGUACCGACCAGAUCAGUGGCCGCUGCUACAUACCCUUUCAGAAUCACGGUUACGCCGUCAACGCAGACACCCUCCCCGCCGGCUGGAAGCCUCUCUUCUCCAACGCCAACGAUGACACCAAUGAGGGCAUCUACUGCACCGAGGGACCCUUCUUCAGUGUCCAGUUCCACCCAGAGAGCACCCCUGGUCCUCGUGACACCGAGUUCCUCUUUGACGUCUUCAUUCGCAGUGUCGUCGAUUGCGCUGCCGUCAAGGCCGCUCCGGGUGCCACCCCUGCCACCAUCUUGCCUCCCGUCGGAUUCACCGGUGGUCUUCUCGCCGACAAUGCUGCUGCCACUCCCCGUGUUCGCGUGCGCAAGGUGCUCGUCCUCGGAUCCGGUGGUCUUAGCAUUGGUCAGGCCGGUGAGUUUGACUACUCGGGCUCGCAGGCCAUCAAGGCGCUCAAAGAGGAAGGCAUCUACACGGUUCUCAUCAAUCCCAACAUCGCCACCAUCCAGACCUCGUCGGGUCUCGCCGAUAAGGUAUACUUCCUGCCCGUCACCCCCGAGUUUGUGCUCAAGGUCAUUGAGCAUGAGCGUCCUGAUGGUAUCUACUGCACCUUUGGUGGUCAGACGGCGCUCAAUGUCGGUAUCAAGAUCAAGGACCACCUGCCCAAACUCGGUGUUCGCGUUCUCGGUACUCCCAUCGAGACCAUCAUCACUACCGAGGAUCGCGACCUCUUCGCCAGAGCCAUGGAGGAGAUCGGCGAGAAGUGCGCUCCCUCGGCCGCCGCUAACAACUGGGACGAGGCUCUUGAAGCUGCUCAGUCCAUCGGCUUCCCCGUCAUUGUGCGUGCUGCUUUCGCUCUUGGCGGUCUCGGCUCAGGUUUCGCCAACAACGUUGACGAGCUCCGCAAGCUCUGCGCCGCUGCCUUUGCCAACUCGCCUCAGGUCCUCGUCGAAAAGUCGAUGAAAGGUUGGAAGGAAGUCGAGUACGAAGUAGUUCGUGAUUGCCGCAACAACUGCAUCACCGUCUGUAACAUGGAAAACUUUGACCCUCUUGGUGUCCACACGGGUGACUCGAUCGUCAUUGCUCCCUCGCAGACGCUCAGCGAUGACGACUACAACAUGCUCCGAACCACCGCCGUCAAUGUGAUCCGUCACCUCGGCGUCGUUGGAGAGUGCAACAUCCAAUACGCUCUCAACCCGCACAAGCGCGAGUACUGCAUCAUCGAGGUUAACGCCCGUCUCUCACGAUCGUCGGCGCUCGCUUCCAAGGCCACCGGUUACCCCCUCGCCUUCAUUGCUGCCAAGCUCGGUCUCAACAUCCCCCUCAACGAGAUUCGCAACAGCGUGACGCGCGAGACGAGUGCCUGCUUUGAGCCCUCGCUCGACUACGUCGUCACCAAAUUCCCUCGUUGGGACUUGCGCAAGUUUGUGCGUGUCAGCAGCAAGCUUGGCUCGUCCAUGAAGAGUGUCGGUGAAGUUAUGAGCAUUGGUCGAACCUUUGAAGAGUCGAUCCAGAAGGCGAUUCGAUCCGUCGACUACGCGCACGACGGUUUCAGCCAGAACGACAUUGUCGACGACGAGGACAUUGAUGAGGAGCUCGCCAAUCCCACCGACAGGCGCAUGUUUGCCAUCGCUAACGCCAUGGCAAAGGGCUACUCGGUCGACAAGAUUCACCAAUUGAGCAACAUCGACCGAUGGUUCCUUAGCAAGCUUAUGCGCAUCAUGAACGCCAGCAAGGUGUUUGCCACCCACAACGCUGCCGACUUCCCACCUGCUAUGCUUCGCCAGGCCAAGCAGCUCGGUUUCUCGGAUAAGCAGCUCGCCAAGGCGCUCAACUCGACUGAGCUUGCCGUUCGCAAGAUGCGUCAGGAGCAUGCCAUUAUGCCCUUCGUCAAGCAGAUCGACACGGUCGCCGCCGAGUUCCCCGCUUACACCAACUACCUAUACACAACCUACAACGCUGUCGAGCAUGACAUCAGCUUCGGUGACAAGGGUGUUAUGGUGCUUGGUUCUGGUGUCUAUCGUAUCGGUUCCUCGGUCGAAUUCGACUGGUGUGCUGUUCGUGCCAUCCGAACCCUCCGACAGCGCGGUUUCAAGACGAUCAUGGUCAACUACAACCCCGAGACUGUCUCGACUGACUACGACGAGGCAGAUCGCCUCUACUUUGAAAACAUCUCACUCGAGACCGUGCUCGACAUUUACGAUACGGAGCAGUCGGCUGGUGUUAUCAUGUCGAUGGGUGGUCAGACGCCCAACAACAUUGCGCUGCCGCUCUACCGCCAGAACGUCAAAGUGCUCGGUACUUCGCCCGAGAUGAUUGACAUGGCCGAGAACCGAUACAAGUUUUCGCGUAUGCUCGACAAGAUCGGCGUCGACCAACCCAUGUGGAAGGAGCUGACCAGCUUCGAGGAGGCCCAGUCGGCCUGUGCCCGCUUCGGCUACCCCGUGUUGGUACGUCCCUCGUACGUUCUCAGUGGUGCCGCCAUGAACGUCGUUUAUUCGCCUGAGGACCUCAACAGCUACUUGUCCCAGGCCUCGGCUAUCAACCGCGAGCAUCCCGUCGUCAUCACCAAGUAUCUCGAGGGCGCCAAGGAGAUCGAGAUGGAUGCCGUCGCCAAGGAUGGCCGACUGAUGAUGCACUACAUUUCCGAACACGUCGAGAAUGCUGGUGUUCACUCUGGUGACGCCACGCUCAUCUUGCCUCCGCAGGACUUGGACCCCGAGACGGUCCGCCGCAUUGAGGUUGCCACUGCCAAGAUCGCUGCUUCGCUCCACAUCACCGGUCCUAUGAACAUCCAGUUCAUCGCCAAGAACAAUGACAUCAAGGUCAUCGAGUGUAACGUUCGUGCUUCACGAUCGUUCCCCUUCGUCAGUAAGGUCACAGGCGUCGACGCCAUCCAGAUGGCUACCGACCUGAUGCUGGACCUUCCCGUCGAGGCUUACCCCAAGGUUGAUCUGCCGCGCAACUACGUCGGUGUCAAGGUGCCCCAAUUCAGUUUCAGCCGUCUCGCUGGCGCUGACCCAAUUCUCGGUGUCGAGAUGGCUUCAACCGGUGAAGUGGCCUGUUUCGGUCGCGACAAGUACGAAGCCUACCUCAAGGCCAUGAUCGCUUCGGGCAUCCGCCUCCCUACCAAGAAUGUCUUGCUCAGCAUUGGUUCGUACAGCGAAAAGCAGGAGCUGCUGCCUGCUGUCCGUACGCUCCACCAGCUCGGGUUUACGCUCUACGGUUCGUCGGGUUCGGCUGACUUCUACUCGGAGCAGGGUAUCCCCGUCGUCCACCUCGAGGCACUGCCCGAAGACGAUGAGUCCAAGUUCGAGGACACGGCCAAGGCAUCCUACUCGCUGCUUACCCACCUUACCCAGGGCCUUUCGUCGCUCUUCAUCUCCCUGCCAAGCAAGAACAAAUACCGUCGUCCUGUGUCGUUCACCUCGAUGGGUUACCGAGCUCGUCGGCUGGCGAUCGACCGAUCCAUCCCGCUCAUCACCAAUGUCAAGAAUGCCAAGCUCUUUGUCGAGGCGCUUGCCCGCCACCGCAAGGCAAACUCGAACUUCGACAUUUCGCCUGUCGACUUCAAGACGAGCCAUACUGCUUUUACCCUGCCCGGUCUCAUUAACGUCAACGCGUUUGUACCCAGCAUCGCUGAUGGCAAGGUGAGCGCAGACGAACUUGCCGCCGUCACCCGUGCUUCGAUCGCUGGUGGUUUCACCACGGUCCAGGUGAUGCCUGCCGGUGUUUCAUCGAGUAUUAUCGACGCUGCUUCGCUCGCCAAUGCCGAGAGCAAGAUUGCCGGCGGCGCCCACUGCGAUGUUUCGCUCGGCGUUUCUGCCACUGCUGACAACCACGAGUCGAUUGAUCAGCUCGCUGACAGUGCACGCUCGCUGCUCGUCUCAUUCAACGGUCUCGGUUCGAACGUCAGCAAGGCAGCUGCUAUCGCUUCGCACUUUGCUUCGUGGCCAGCGGAACGUCCCAUUGUAACUGACGCCCGCAAUACCGAUCUCGCCUCGGUGCUCUUGCUGGCCAGCCUCAACAACCGCUCGAUCCAUGUCACCAACGUGCUUUCGCGCGACGACAUCCACCUCAUUGCGCUAGCCAAGGCCAAGGGUCUGCAGGUGACGUGCGACGUUGCGGUCUACGCGCUCUUCUUUACCACCGAGAUGUAUCCUCAGGCCACCUGUCUGCCCUCGGCGGAUGACCAGAAGGCGCUGUGGGAGAAACUCGACGAUAUUGACAUGUUCUCGAUCGGCAGUACCCCCUAUCAGCUUGCCAAGGAAAUUGGCGAGGUGGCUGCGCCUCAGUCGGGUAUCGAGGAGACGCUCUUGUUGCUGCUCGAUGCAGUCAACGAGCACCGACUCACGCUAGACGACAUUCUUCUGAGGCUGUACACCAAGCCCAUGGAGAUCUUUGGUGUUCAGGCACAGGCAAACACACAGGUCGAGAUCGAGAUUGACCGGCCUACCGCAUUUGUGCGCCGCGAUUACUGGUCUCCUCUCGAGUCGCGCGCCACGGUGGGCUCGAUCAACCGUGUGACGUUCAAGGGCAAGACCGUGUUUGUCGACGGUGAGGUGCUUUCGGACUCGACACUGGGCAGCAACGUCAGCAGCAUCGCUAAGGUCGCCAAGCAAGCCAAGUCGACCGGCCGACGUGUGUCGUUCUCUGCCGUUACCGCCGCUACUGGCUCUAGUGUGGUUUCAGCUCAGGAUGCUCCCAUGUCGCCUCCUCCACUGUCGCUGGGUCUCAAGUCGCCUGUGCUUGGCUCUUCCGAGCCAGCUCACCCUCGCAGCGGCAGCGGCAGCGGCAGCUUGAUGGCUGCCUUCGCUAACGAUUCGACGGCCCUCACGAUUGCUCCCCCGGCGCCUUCGAUUGGCUCGGUGCUGUACCACCCCACGUUUGCGCGACGACAUAUUCUCUCUGUCAAGAACUUCUCGCGUGAUGACCUGCACGCUCUUUUCUCGGUGGCUACCGAGAUGCGCGUCAUGGUGGAGCGACAGGGCUCUGUUGAUCUGCUGCGCGGACGUGUGCUUGCGACGCUCUUCUACGAGGAGUCGACGCGUACCUCGUGCUCGUUUGAGGCUGCCAUGCUCCGUCUGGGCGGUCAAGUGGUCAAGGUUCAGCCCGACAAGUCUUCGGUGCAGAAGGGCGAGUCAAUUCCCGACACGAUCCGCACUCUCGGCUGCUACGCCGACGCUGUUGUAAUGCGCCACCCUGCGGCUGGCAGCGUUCACUUGGCUGCUAAGCACUCUGCAGUCCCCGUGAUCUCGGGAGGCGAGUCGUCGAUCGAGCACCCUACCCAGGCGCUGCUCGACACGUUUGCCAUCCGAGAAGAAAUGGGUACUGUGGCCGGACUCACGAUCACCAUGGUGGGUGAUCUCAAGUACGGCCGCACGGUGCACAGUCUAGUGCAGCUGCUGUGCCUGUACGGUGUUACUGUGAAUUAUGUCAGCCCAGAGUCGCUCAAGAUGCCCGAAGACGUCAAGCAGGCUGUGGCACGCAAGGGAAUCAAGCAGUACGAGUCAAGCGUGCUCACCGACGACAUCUUGGCUCGCACCGAUGUGCUCUACGUCACGCGUGUGCAGAAGGAGCGCUUCCCGGACAUGGCAUCGUACGAAGCGGUCAAGGAUACCUACAUUGUUGACAACGCCACUUUGUCCAAGUGCAAGCCGACUACGAUUGUUCUGCAUCCAUUGCCUAAGAACAACGAACUGGCCGAUGAUCUCGAGUACGACCCUCGUGCCGCUUGGUGGCGACAGGUCAAAUACGGUCUGUACCUGCGCAUGGCUUUGCUUGCUAUGGUUCUGCAUCAUCGUGCAUAA